UUCUGUUCAAUCGCAAUACUGUUUUGCCCCAAUAACACUGUCUGAUCCACGGGAAAGGAAAGCAGCUGGCUAAGCGCGUAUGCGUUGGCUCAAGUCUGCACCGCUCUUGCCAAGUAAGGAGUACUGCCGCCUACUGUUCGCUGGAAAUGAAAUGCACUCGCCGGGCUCGUUGAAAAUGAAAAUGAACAUCCACAGUUAUUACUUCUUUCUGCUUUUUAGCCUACGUUGUUUUCCAAAAACGCGCAAUAGACAAAGGGUUCUCUGGGUUGCAUUAACAAGGCACGAUUGCGGGAUGUUUAAGGAAGUUUUGGAAAUUACGCGGAAGGCGGAAAGCCCACGGGAGCGGAGCGUGUUCCGCAUCUCUCACAGCGCUCCCCAUUGUCAAACAGCUGACGUAUCCACUCUUCGAGCGCUCGCUGCGUGUCAGGGCACGGCACUGCGUCCGUGCACACAGUGCGCCAGAGUGUGCGGAGACAGGCAGAAAACUUCUGCUGUUUCAUCAGAAAUGGAUGGACAGAUCCGCGGCAAAGCAGCCGAAGAAACUAGACCAUCGGUCGAUACAGCAGGGAUGUGUCCAAACGUGGUGUCCCGGCGCCAGUGGGGUGCCGUGGCUCCGCGGUCUCAGGAGAGACUGCAGGGUCAGGCCCUGAGAGCUGUCAUUCAUCACACUGCCCUGUGGCCCUGCCACAGCCCCGGACAGUGCCGCCUCCAGGUCGAACACAUACAGGAGCUGCACAUGCAGGGCCGAGACUUCCACGACAUCGGCUAUAACUUUCUAAUUUGUGGAGAUGGCACAGUAUACGAGGGGCGUGGCUGGGGCGUUGUGGGAGCUCACGCCAAAGGCAACAAUCACGACUCUGUGGGCAUCGCCUUUAUGGGAAACUUCAAUAAUGAAACUCCUACUCCGGCUGCAUUGUCUUCCACCCGAAAGCUGUUGCAGUGUGGGGUGGCCCUCGGGCACCUGCACCCCAGAUAUACCCUGCUUGGGCAUCGAGAUCUGGCAAAGACGGAAUGCCCCGGGGAGCAGCUGUACGCAGCGCUGCAGCUGUUAGCUCAACGCUGAGCACACAGGCUCAACAUACAGCAUACCAGCAACUCAAC